UCAUUGUACGUAUCUCGUUCCGUGAAGGAAAAAAUAUUUUCAUUUCGCUUGGAGAUGUAACGAUUGUUGUUCGCGUGCCGUAUUUUUUUCUCCACCGUAUGAUACGUCUCGUGCGCAUCGGUCCUUAUUARUUUUCUUUGGUUUAUAUCGUGUUUAAAAUCAUUUUUCCACACUGACGUUUUCGUUUACGCGAUAAAUUCGCGUACUUGCCACCAUAAGAACAAUUAUAGUUAAACAUCUUUCGUCAAGAUGAGUAUGCCGGAAUUAGGAAGCAAAAUCAGCCUAAUAUCAAAGGCCGAUAUUAGGUAUGAGGGUAAAUUGUUCACAGUUGACCCACAGGAGUGUACCAUCGCCUUGUCUCACGUUCAAUCUUUUGGAACAGAGGAUCGUCCAACAGAAUUUAAGGUUCCAGCACAAAGUCAAAUAUACAACUAUAUACUAUUUCGUGGCUCUGAUAUUAAAGAUAUUAAAGUUAUUACUCCUCAAAUAGCUCUCAAUGACCCUGCUAUUGUACAGCUAUCAGUACCUCCAAAUACUAUGGGUGGCUUUAAUCCUAAUUAUCAGUCUAUGGAUGAAAUUGGUUCAGUCAAUCAGGUUGGAAACUCUUAUAAUCCUAUGUCUGGUGUGAACUUAAAUGCUGGACCAUCACAUAAGCAAGCAAGUGAGUCUCCUCUGAUUUUAGAUCCACAACCAGUWAUUCAGCAGAAACAACCGAUGACUGCCCAAUCUGAUGUCGUCCUAGAUUUGAUAUCUGGUGGUUCCCGUUCAUCUACUCCAGCUCAGUCAAAUGUAUUUAAUGGUCAACGUAGUAGCCCAACUUUCGAUCAAACUGUUCAACCAGGAAAUCAGCAAAGUCCUGGAACCAGAGGAGGGAGGAAUCAGCGUAACAGAUCCACAUCUUCUUCUGAUACUCGUAAACAAGUUAGGCAACAAGGGCAAAAUUAUCAAAGAAAUGAUCAACAGCAACAUUACCAACAACGUAAUGACCAACAGUAUCAAAGGAAUGAUUUUCAACAUCAGGAUAAUAAUCAACAUUUUGUUAAUCGUCAAGGGGGUAAUAGGAAUAUGAAUGGUCGUAAUUGGAAUAAUCAGCAGCAACAACAACAACAACAACAAGUUAGAAGACCAAAUCCAGUUCCAAAUAAUGCUACCGGAGGUCGUUCAUUUUAUAAUAGGUCUACUGGUCUUCCAGCUCCUAGUAAAGCACAGGGACCUAGAACAAAUUCGUUGAAGUUUGAUGAAGAUUAUGAUUUUGAUAAGGCAAAUAGUGAAUUUCAGGAGAUUAUAAAAAAACUAUCUAGAACAAAGAUAGAUGAUGGUUUUGAUGAUUCAGCUGAAGAAGUAACUGUAGUUAAUGGUGCUCCAUCAGUAAAUGGUGAUUCAUUACCCCAUUUAAAUGAUGGASAACUAGUUAAUGUAAAAAAAACUCAUCGUAUUGAAAGUGGAAAUGAAACCGGUGUAGUAGAAAAUGAAAAUGAAGGAGAUGAUGAUCAAAAAACGUUUUAUGACAAAUCCAAAUCAUUCUUUGAUACUAUCAGCUGUGAAGCAGUUGAAAGGAGCAAAGGACAUUCACAAAGGACUGAUUGGCGUACGGAACGUAAAUUAAAUUCAGAGACAUUUGGUGUAGCAAUGGCAAGGCGUGGUCAAUACCACCGUGGCCGUGGUGGUUAUUAUAAUAAUAAUAACACUAAUUACCGUGCCAACCCUAACGCCUAUAAUAAUGGUAACAAUUUCAACAACAAUCGUCAAGGAGUGAAUUAUAACUACCGUCAACAAUCAAAUAAUGGAUACAUGCGUAAUAAUCCUGGUAACCGUGGCUAUAACUACCGACCAAGAGCAACUAACAAACARGAUCAGCGUCAACCAAAUGCAGUAUCUCCUCAACGAGUUUCAGUAGCCUGAAGAUUUCAAAGUCUCUAUUUCAAUAUUGCUGUAUAUUUAACUAAAAAAAAAAACA